CGCUGUGAAGACCGCGGCGUCGGCUCCCAACGAAAAGCCGAUGUCUCCUCCGUCGCUGCUCGCCGCGAGCCUUCUCCUCUUCCUCGCCAUCCUCGUGCCGUCUUCCGGCGCCGGAGCGUCCUCUGAUGGUAAUUCUCCUACCGGCAUGUCGCGGUUCCGAGAGGCCCCGCAGUUCUACAACUCGCCGUCGUGCCCGCCGCCUCUGCCGGCGGGGCCCGGGGCGAUCUGCUCCCCCAACGCGCUGGUGCAUGUGGCGAUGACCCUUGACGUGGCGUACCUCCGGGGCUCGGUGGCGGCGGUGCUCUCGGUGCUGCAGCACACGGCCUGCCCCCAAUCCGUCUUUUUCCACUUCGUGGCCACCUCGGCCGGCGGCGCCGGUCUCGACGCCACUAUCUCCGGCGCGUUCCCUUCCCUGGCCUUCCAGAUCCACUCCUUUGAUGCCGAGGAGCCGCGGGUGGCGGCGCUCAUCUCCACCUCCAUCCGCGCGGCGCUGGACCGGCCCCUCAACUACGCGCGCUCCUACCUGUCGCGCCUCCUGCCGAAGUGCGUCAGACGCGUCGUCUACCUCGACUCCGACCUCGUCCUCGUCGACGACGUGAUGGAUCUAGCAUCCACUCCGAUCCCCGACGGAGUGGCGCUGGCGGCGCCAGAGUAUUGCAACGCUAACUUCACCUCCUAUUUCACGCCCGCCUUCUGGACGAACCCGGCGCUCUCGGUCGCCUUCGAGGGGCGCCGCGCCUGCUACUUCAACACGGGGGUGAUGGUGAUGGAGCUGGGGCGGUGGCGCGACGGCGGCUACACGGAGCAGAUCGAGGAGUGGAUGGAGCUGCAGAAGCGGAUGCGGAUCUACGAGCUGGGCUCGCUGCCGCCCUUCUUGCUGGUCUUCGCGGGUCGGAUCGCGGCGGUGGAGCACCGCUGGAACCAGCACGGCCUCGGCGGCGACAACUACAGGGGACUCUGCCGGGACCUUCACCCGGGCCCCGUCAGUCUCCUGCACUGGAGCGGGAAAGGUAAGCCGUGGGUGCGCCUCGACGCCGGCCGGCCAUGUCCCUUGGACGCCCUCUGGGCUCCCUACGACCUCCUCCUCCGCAAUCCCAUCGCCAUUGACGAAUCCUGAGCUCAAAUCUUCUCACCCAGCCCGAUUAACUCUAGAUGAUCUUCUUCUUCUUUUUUCACUCUUUACCUCAAAAUCAAAAUCAAAAUCAACUGUAGAGUUAUUAUAUAUCUUUAUUUAAUUGUAGAUUUAUAGCUGGUAAACAUAUACAUAUAUAUGAAUUUGAACGAGACAUGAAUCUUUUGAUAAAA